GCUCGAGGCGGAGCGGCGCGGGGCUCGGCGGUGGCUGCGGGGAGCGGAGGCCUCUGCCGCCAUGUCGACGUCGCUGGGCUCCAACACCUACAACCGGCAGAACUGGGAGGACGCGGACUUCCCUAUUCUGUGCCAGACAUGUCUUGGAGAAAACCCAUACAUUCGAAUGACCAAAGAAAAAUAUGGCAAAGAAUGCAAGAUCUGUGCCAGGCCUUUCACCGUGUUCCGCUGGUGCCCCGGCGUCCGCAUGCGUUUCAAGAAGACAGAGGUGUGCCAGACCUGCAGCAAGCUGAAGAACGUCUGUCAGACCUGCCUGCUGGACCUGGAAUAUGGUUUGCCUAUUCAAGUCCGGGAUGCAGGACUCUCCCUUAAGGAUGAGAUGCCUAAGUCUGAUGUCAAUAAAGAGUACUACACCCAGAACAUGGAGCGAGAGAUAUCCAACUCUGAUGGCACUAGACCAGUUGGUGCCCUGGGCAAAGCUACUUCUACCAGUGACAUGCUGCUGAAGCUGGCUCGGACCACUCCUUACUAUAAACGGAACCGUCCUCACAUCUGCUCCUUCUGGGUGAAAGGGGAGUGCAAGAGAGGGGAAGAGUGUCCCUACAGGCACGAGAAACCUACGGACCCUGAUGAUCCUCUGGCUGAUCAGAACAUCAAAGAUCGUUACUAUGGCAUCAAUGAUCCUGUGGCUGACAAGCUGCUGAAAAGAGCAUCCACCAUGCCUCGCCUGGACCCCCCUGAUGACAAGACCAUCACCACGCUCUACGUUGGAGGGCUUGGAGAUACCAUCACCGAGUCGGAUCUCAGGAAUCACUUCUACCAGUUUGGGGAGAUCCGGACGAUCACGGUGGUGCAGCGGCAGCAGUGCGCCUUCAUCCAGUUCGCCACGCGGCAGGCGGCGGAGGUGGCGGCCGAGAAGUCCUUCAACAAGCUGAUCGUCAACGGCCGCCGGCUCAACGUCAAGUGGGGGAGGUCCCAAGCAGCAAGAGGAAAAGAAAAGGACAAGGAAGGGACUACAGAGUCUGGGAUAAAGUUGGAGCCAGUUCCAGGGCUUCCUGGAGCUCUCCCCCCUCCUCCAGCUGCAGAAGAGGAGGCUUCUGCAAAUUACUUCAAUCUACCUCCAAGUGGCCCUCCUGCUGUGGUUAACAUUGCCUUGCCUCCUCCUCCUGGCAUUGCUCCACCACCACCUCCAGGUUUUGGACCACACAUGUUCCAUGCCAUGGGGCCCCCUCCUCCCUUCAUGAGAGCCCCGGGGCCCAUUCACUACCCGUCUCAAGAUCCCCAGCGGAUGGGUGCCCACGCCGGGAAGCACAGCAGCCCCUAGCACCUCCUGUCCCUUCCUCCUCCUCCUCCUGCUGAAAGUAAAUGUUAUUUUCUAGUUACCAUGGUAGCACCAUAUGUUGAGCUAGAGAAGCCUUAUUCCCUGCUUGCAGACGCUGGGCCAGCCCAGCGCCGUGUCUCCGCUGGCUGAUCCCGCGGUGGACACGUCCCAGACCUUUUGUUUAGACUUGGGUUUAGGGGGUGGGGGGCAGGUAGAAGGGCUGGGGUGGGGUGGGGUGACUCAGGUGUACCAGGAUUACAGAGCUGUCCCUGGAUCCUGUUUGCACACUUUGGAAAUAAACCAUUGGGAAAAAGAAACCCAAACCCAAGGCCACUUUUCAAACCCAUUCGGUACCCACAGUCCCAACGCUGCUGGCAGGGCUCUGGGCUGCCUGAGCUGGUUGAGGAUAGAUGACCUUUAGAGGUCACUUCCAACCCAAACCAUUCUAGGACUGUUUAAAGGUUUCCAGAGACUGUCAGGUAACUGAUGACUUUUUUUCCCUCAUGAAGUAUUAAACCAAGACUGGAUCAGAGCUGGCAAACAACCUCAGCAGCUGUGCCAACCCCAUGGCUCUGCCUUACUCCUGCCACAGAAUUUUCUUCCCUCCUUUUCCCUGACUUCUUGCUUAAAAAAAA